AAAAUGUCUACUAUGUUCAUAAUUUCAUUUGUGUAUGCUCAUAUUUGUAAACCUACGUAUAACAGAGGUUUCUCCUAACCUACGACCAACAUGUGACCAAACUCACCAAACUCGCAAGAAAAUAGAAAAAGAAAAAGAGUGCAAAGAAAGAGAGAGGGAGGAGAGGCAACUAGCGCUAUACAUUGGGCGGAGCCGUCGUCUCUGCUCGAGCCGGAGUUUAAGGUGUUGCGUACGUGCUGGAGGAUUGCGAGUGGCGAGUCGUCAUAUGUGUAUGGCAGCGAGUGAAGUGCGAACGAACUGCGAAGAUCCGCGAUGGAAGCUAGCGAUCUGCGAUAAUUUGCGCAGAGAAGACGCAGCAACUUUUUCAACCACAUUAAAUAGCCUGGAAGAGGAGGUGAAGGAGCUUAACUUCUCUAUGCAUCCGGAAAAGGGGCCGGGUUUGGAUGGUAUGACUCUCGGCUUCAUUCAUCAUUCUUGGGACGUGGUAGGAUGAUAUGCAGUGAUUUUUGGAGGCACGUAUUUGAAUUAGAUAGGUUACCAAGUGGUAUUAGUCACACCUGUAUUACUUAUCCCCAAGGAAGCAAUAGAAGCUAUGGUGCACUAGUGGCCGAUUUCUUAUAAUACAAUGUGAUAAACAAGGUGUUUGCAAAGUUGCUUGUAAUUGGUUAAAGUUCAUGUUGAGUGAACUUUUUCUCAUAUCGAAACUUCUCUUGUAAUGGAUUGAGUAGAAAAGUCUGAGAUGGAUACUUCAACAGUUAAAGCCUUGGCGAAGUUCGCCUACGGAUCUUUGAGAUUUUUCCUAUGGAUCCUCUCGACUGUAAGGAUUUGAA